CAUCUUUUACGUUGUUAAAUUUUAUUUAAUAUUUAUCUUUUCCAGGUCACGUUAAAUGUAGAACCAUUUGAAGGGAUUUAUAACGCAACAGAUGAUUCAGUGAUAUGCCCUCAAAAAGAUGAUUUAGAACAUACUAUAGUAGGCACUCUAGACUGCUUGCGAAUAAACGUCUACGUCCCACAAGUGGCCAGCUCCACUAACCUACUCCCUGUUAUGGUUUGGAUCCACGGAGGCGGCUUUAGGAGAUGGGACUCUAAUAGAAGCACAUACGGUCCUGAUUUUCUCGUCACAAAGGGCGUCAUUCUAGUCACCUUUAACUACAGACUUGGUCCAUAUGGCUUUAUGUCACUCAAUAGUUCAAAUAUACCAGGUAACGCAGGAUUGCGAGACCAGUUAAAGGCACUGAAAUGGAUCAAAGAAAAUAUUGCAGCAUUUAAUGGAGAUGAAAAUAAUAUAACUCUGUUUGGCGAAAGCGCCGGAGCUGCUUCUGUUGAAUUCCACAUGUUAUCAGGACAUUCUAAAGGCUUAUUCCAUAAGGCUAUUAUGCAAAGUGGGACAGUUCUUUGUGAUUGGGUAAUGAAUGAUCCAGACACACUAGCGCCUAUAAAGUUAGCUCAACAUUUAGGACUAAAUACCGAUGAUAUUGAGAACGCUUUAAGAUAUAUAUCCAAGUUUGAUCCUCACGACGUGAUAAAAGCCACUAUUGACAUAGGUUACGAAGAAUCUUUCAAACCAGUAGUCGAAUAUGAAUUCGAAAAUGUAUACACUAUGAUAAACGAUAAGCCAAGCAACCUUUUGAAAAAGGUGUCUACGUCAAUACCUAUAAUUAUAGGAUUCAAUAGCAAAGAACAGCAACGAAAUAUAAAUUACUAUUUACAAUCUCCUGAUUAUGUAGAGUCGGCAAAGAAAACUUUCAAAGCAAAGAUUGAUAAUUAUUUCCAACUCGACGAGGAAGAGUUGGAGACAGCUGAGAAGUUAGUCAGAUUUUUCUAUAUAGGCAGUGAGGAUAUGACAGCUAAUGUCAAUGCAAUGAUAGAGUUUGAUUCCGACUUUACGUUUGUAUAUCCAAGUUUAAGAAAUAGCAGAUAUUAUGUGCAAGUUAAUUCUGCUCCAGUGUAUUUGUAUAUGUUUGACUAUGCUGGGCAAAGAAACUACAUGAAAAAUAGAAUGAAUUUGACCACAGAACCUGGUGCUAUGCACGCGGAUGAGAUUGGAUAUCUAUUCGAUCAAUCGUUCUACACUCAACCUGAUUCAGUCAUGGACACAGUUAUUAUAGAACGAAUGACAUCAAUGUGGACCGACUUUGCUAAAACUAGCAACCCCACACCGGCAGCCACAAAAGUUCCCUUUUCAUGGCACCCUUCAGCUACUGAACCCAAAUUCGACUACGCCGUUCUGAGCAAUGGCGUUCAGAUGGCUCAGCACCCGUUUUAUCAGAGGAUGGCUUUCUGGGAUACAUUAUUUGCCACUUAUGGCAAAAAAACAAGGUGGUAA